AUGUCGUUCUCAUACAUUCUCAGUGGAAUUUUAGGUGAAAUCCUAGGCCGCCGGCUCUCACGCGCAUCUAAGGGCUUUUUGGAUGCGCGAGGAAAAUGGCAAGAAGCCUGUACAAGCGAGUCAAUUCUUGCUGAUUAUGCCGAUUACUUGCUUUAUGGGAAUCCCAAGUACCCACCUAGAUUCACUUCAUCAGAAGUCCAGGCUUUGAAAACCUCAUUUCUGUCCCACGCGAAGGAUAACAACUAUUGGGACGUGCACUCAUUUGAGUCCUUCCUCCUGACGCGGAUGCCUCCUGAGGGGAAGUGCCGAUCUCACUUAGUAGCGGCCAUACCCUCUCUCUGGAUGCUCACUACACACUUCGCUCAAUGGCCAUUCAUCAGGUCCGCAUCGAGCAUACCGACUACUUUGACGUUCCCUGCCCUGGUCCGCGCGGUCGCCUUCCUGUCUGGUCGACAUAGCAUGCUGUUUGUGAAUUGGGAUUAUGAUGAUGCGCAUGUCGAGAGGACCGACCAGCUGGUACUCGAAUACAUCUUUAGACCCUUUGCUACCGUUCGUUCAACGGAAGAGGAGACCGCGACAUGUCCUCCCCUCAACGAUAUAAUCGACAUCCUGAACACGGUCCAGCCAGCCGAGGGCGUUCUAACGGACACUCUUAAUCGUGCCAAGCUGGCACCAAUAGCUGCUCGCAUUUCUUCCAAAUUUGCUAUCCCAGAAGUAUCGGAUCUCGUUAUUUCAUCCUCUAAGGUGCUGGCUCCGCUUCUUGACUUAUGUGUCUUGCUUCUUCAGCAUGCCACAAAAUUCGAUGGGGAGAUUACAACUCUUAUCGAAUACCUUGAGGCCGCUCAAUUUAAGCCGAAAAAUCAUACAGGAGAGGUAUCGUUCGAGGUCUUCACGGAGUGGCUGGGUAAGAACCCAAACCAACAUCACUUUUUUGACUCCGAUGUCUAUGAUGCUAUUGCCCUUGUAUUUAACACCUUUCUGAAUCCUGAGAUCCUAACAGAUGGGAUUAUGACACAUUUUGAGGUUCAUGGAGAAAAGGAGCGCAAGCAUAUGCUGAUAGUCUUUGCGCUAAGGCGCCCUGGGCUUACAGGUGGAGGGUGGUUAUAA